GUUUAUAGAUAGAUAACUAUAUGAUAGAAAUGAUGUCAGAAAACAUGAAUUCUAAACCAGUGGUUGUAAUGAUAUUCCCUUUUUAUCUAUUUAUUUAUUUUGUCCUACUUUAACAUAUGAGAAAAUCCUUUAGAUGUCAGAAAUAGAAGAGCAUGUGGCUAGACUAUUGUCAAGUACAAAGCGAUUAUUAGAAAUACUGAAUGGAUGGUCUUGUGGAAAUAUAAACCAACAAGAUAUAUAUGAGGAAUAUAAUAUAUUGGAAACUUAUUUCAUGGCUGCCACACGCGCCUUUGAGUCUUGUUCAGUGUCCACAAGGUAAUAGGAUAAAUUUGGAUUUUGAUCUGAUUUGGUCUAUAGUGAUAUGCAUUAUUUGCCCGAAGAAUUACGUACUUGCUUAAAAGAGGUAUUGGAGAAGGAGCCUUCUUUAACAACACUAGAGCAACAUUUGCCUGCUAUUCGUGAUAUCAUCAUGAGACUAUUACAAGGCUUAAAAGCCAAACAGUCUUUACUGCGAGAUAAAGAAUUCCCUGUCUAUCUGAAAAGUGGAGAUCGUAUCAAGAAAUGUACACUUCAAAAUAGUCAUUUAUCGAUAGCGUCAAUUCAGCAAUUGUUUAUGACUACAUUUGAUGUCGAUCUAUCCACUGUUUAUAUUCUAGAUCCUACUACCAACAUUGAAUAUGAGCUUGAAGAUGUACAAGACAUUCAACCUUAUUCUGUAUUGUCUAUAAAAGCAACACAUCAUACAUUACAACAAUUACAUAGCUUAUUUGAUGAUUUCUUACAACAAUCAGCCCAUACAUUAACAAAAGAAACUGAACUCAAUCAACUUAAACAAGAAUUAACACAACUUAAGCAAUCCUAUGCUCAACUCAAGACAGAACAUGAUGCCUCAGACAAUCGAAAAAUCCACCAGGAAAUCAGCAAGAGCAAAGAUAUCACACAAAAAGCAGCCACGUUAAUGACAACACGGCUGGAAGAAUUACAAGACACGAUUGAUCAGCUGAAAUCGGAUGUAACACAGCGUCGAUGUCGUCCUUCCAAACACCAAUUGACACAGUGUCAACAAGUGUCUGAUAGACUGAUGCAUGAAAUGAAACAACUAGAGUCACGUAUCAAGACAUGUAAGCCUCUUUGGAAAAAGACGUGGGAAUUGGAAUUACAACAGAUUGUGAAAGAACAACAGUUUCUUAAAGAACAAGAAGCCCUUGUGGCUGAUUUAAAAGAAGACCAUAAGGCAUUAAUAGACGUAUUAGGACAACUUCAUAAAAUAUCAGAAAUACAGGAACGAAAGAAACAACUUGGUAUGCCUAUUCAGAAGGAACAAGAUGAAGAAGAGGAAGGCAUGAUUAAAGUAUUGCAACAAGUUUCUCAUCUUCAUGUGGACCAUCAUCAAAGAAUGAAAGCAUUGGGUGAAAUAGAAACUAAAAUCAAGUCCAAGAAACAAACAGUAGACGAAUUUGAGAGAGAAUUGACAGAUUUCAUUGGAUUCAGUAAAUUAAAGAAUAUUGGAGGAACAGAAAAUGUGGACAAACAAAGGCAAGAGAAAGAUAAAGCCAUGAUUCAACAAUUAUUCACGCAUAAACAAUAAACAAAAAGAACAAAAUGGAUCAUUAAGGAAGACAUGUGUGACCCUUAUUCUAUGAUGACGUUAAGUUGAAAUUUCCAUUUGUGGGUUGACAUGGAAUAUAUAUAAAACCUUCCUU